AGAAUUCCAUUUUCCCCGUAAAUUGCAGAAAUCAUAAACCCUUCAUUGAUUUUUUCAUUAUCAAUAAACGAAAUAAAGAAAAAAAAAAAAAUCCCGAUUCAUCUGGAAAAAUUCUUUUCAAUAUUUCAAAUUUUUUUUUCCAAAAAAAAGAUUAUUGUUAAUGGACGAUUUGAAAAUUGAGAGGGAAAUGUUUAAAGCACUUUCUUUACUACAUUCAACGGACGAAAGUAGCGGGAAAAAUCUCCGAUUAAUGUUGGAUUCAUUGAUUGAAGAAAAAUUUGGAUUUCAAAAAACCGUCACGUCUCGAAUCUCAAAGGCAAUUUUAACAAAAGCCGAGAGCUGUGGAAUUUCUGUCGAGCCGCAAAAUGUUUCAUCGGAGACGAUAAAAAUUUUUAAGACCGAAUCCGAACAUGACGACAUUCCAAGGAUAUCGAUUCCUGACGAAGGAUCCGAGGAAGGCGUUUUUCACAUGGAAAAUGAAUCAAAUUUGGGAGCAUUUAUUCUAUUCGAAUGUCAAAAUUGUUUAGAAAAUUGUCAAUUACUCGACAAUAAUAAUAAAUCAUCAAUUGACAUUGACGAUUUUAAUAAGGAAUUAACGUGGCUCUGUGAAAAAUGCUCCCAACAUGGAAAGACAAAAAAAAGAAAAAAAAAAAUUUAAAAACCUAUUCUUCAAAUCGAACGCAAAUUUAUCAACAACAAUUUACAACACAAUCAACAGGAAUAAAAAUGCAAAAUCGUUAACAGAAAAAAGGAAUUAUUAAAGAUAUUUGAAAAAAAAAAAAAAAAAAAAAUUGCUCUUUAUCAAAAUUUUCACUUAGUGAAAAUUUGUAAUGAAAUUUCAAAUUUUUUUUUAAAUUUUAUAAAAUUAAAUUAAAGCAUUUUCUUUUUGU